ACAGGUGCUGCACAGAGAAGCUUUCCGUUGCCAAUGGUUUCCAAACAUCCUCAUCAAGAAACGAACUGCGGAAUAGCGUUACAUAAAAACUGAGGAAACUUAACUUACCUGGAGGCCUUUUCCUGACAGCUUAGUGCUUAGUAAUGGACCCGAGUCAUUCCUCGUGUUGGGAUUCAAUUCUGGAGAAAGUGAAACCACUUAUACCGACCAUCGAUUUCGAUUCUUCAUCAUGUGAGUGUGAAGAGAUUGCCAUAUAUCAAAGACCAGCUGGUUUUUCCCUGAAAGUCCCUGAAGAUUUUGAGAGUUUUUCAACGGAUGAAGAUGACCUAGAGCCAGAUGCUUGUGAGGAAGGUGUUGUAAAGCUGAACGAAGCCGAGCUGUAUGCCUCUCUAAACCCAAAUAAACCAAACCAAACACGAUCUGAGGAGCAUUUUCCACCUCUGUCAUUUGUGAAGCCUGACCAGUGGGAUUUGGGUGAUGGGCUGCCUCUGCAACAACAUGUGUCAGUCAAACCUGCGAAAACACAUGCAGAUAGUGACGAGGACAGGCCCCAGGGGGACAUAAUGGAGAAACUAGUUGCUUUGUGUAAUAUGCAGUCAUCUAAGUCUGUGUCAGAGCCUGUGAAAGGUCUGAACCACGUCAGACAUAAUAAUGUGUGGAACAAGCCACCUGGAAGGAUGGCAGCAGAUUUGCAGCGAAACCACCAGGAACGGCCUACAGUUUAUAUUGACCUGCGUUGCCCUGAUCCUUCAAUAAAACCACCAAGAACAUCCCCAAAUCUUUCAUCAGAGUCCAAAUCACCAGCCAGACACAACACUCCCCGAGAAAUACCACCUGCAAAGAAAACAAAACGUGAAGUGCAUACUGGAUCAUGGAUGGGUGACAGAGAAGUGACUGGUAAGAGUAUGUUGCUUCAGAAAAUCAGGGAGAUGAACAGAACUGGGAAUAAAUAUCCCACUAAAUAUGCAGAGCCUCCAUAUUCAGUGCGAAAGAAUGAUGCAGAAGAACUAAAAGAGAAGCUACCCCAGUCUGAGUCUACGUGUAGACUCAAGUCGCUCCAUCUGUGGGAAGACAAACGAUCACCAAAUGCACAUUUUGAGUCCAAACACCCAAAAAUGGAAAACCCUCUAUUAACUCAGCGAAGCGCGACCGUAAAACCAAAGCGGCAGAGUGACCAACAGAGACAAAAAGCUAGGCUGAUAUUACUUCACAAACAGCGCCAGCAAAUCCUGAAGCAACUGGAAAUCCAUCGUCCAACCAAAUCUGCCACUCAAAAGCAGCCAGCUGCUGAAGGAACUGAGGUUCUUUAUGAUUUUGAAGCGUCUCACCUCCCAUCAAUGAGCGCACUACCAGCAGCAGCUAUUGAACAUAAGGGAUGUAUGCUGCUGAUGGUCAACCUUGCCAGUCCUGGUAUGGUUGGAGGCAGACCUCAUGGCAGGAGAAAACAUCUGUACCCAGCUGCUACCAAAUCCCACAUCUACAACACUUUAGUGGCUUGGUUUCUGUCUUUGGUUGGCCCAGACCCACGUCACGAUGAAGAUGAGGUCGGUGCAGAAGUCCCAUUCUGGGUUGCAGGACUUCAGCAGCUGUGGACUAAGAAUGGACUGGCGCUGCAUGUUUUAGCUGUGGCUCGUCACUGUUACACACCGACGAAAAGGGACAUCCAUGCACCUUUCUAUAACCAUGUCUGCAGAUUCCUCUCUGAGACCUCACUCGCUGUAAUUGCAGACAAAAGAACCCAACAAGCCUACGCCUUAUCUGUCCAUCUGCCUCCUUCCUAUUUAAACUCUUUCAUCUCUGCCACUUCCAAUCAAAAGAUUAUAGAUGGGAUAUUUGCCGUGAGUCCAGGGUUUUACUGGCAGACUGUAGAAACUCAGGAGUGUGUUUGUAAGGGGAGAGAGACCACAGCAGAGCUGCACACAGAGGUAUCAGUUCUCCUGGGGUGCAAGCUGUUCUUCACGGAUCCCCUCAUAACACACUACACUCUCCAGCUUGUUCUCCACUCAGGACUCGAUGUGUGUGGUCUGCGACUCCUUUAUCCACCACAGCAAUUCCUGAGUGACAGCGCUGGUGCUGUGCCAGUCGUCCAGAGGACUGACGAGAUCUACGAGCCUGUUCUUGCCCUCGCCGUUCGGGGACCUCAUGCUCACUCAGUUUUGAAAGAUUUAACUCGCUCCCUUGACCCUCUGCAGCCCACAAAGACAGGCCCAACUUCUCUCAACCCUCUCCACUGCCGGGGCCAACAGCCUUCACUCCUCUACCCCCCUCCACUGGCCACUGAAGUCCACAGGGAGCUGUGCUUGUGGUUUUCAGGAAGGCUUCAGGGAGAAGGUGCACAGGAUCACAACCAGCCUCUGAACGGAGCUCUACCUUCAGAUGACAGAGGAAGUCCGUUCAGUAUAAGCAGGUCACCUUCCUUUCUGUGUGCUACAACAAAAGCUGACUUACUCCUCAUGGUGUCCUCUGUCGUGCCUCCAUGUUGCUACGCCCAAGUUUUGGCUGUUUGUGAGCGCAGAGGCUUCGGUCUGAUGGGACUGCAGAGGCUGCAGCUUCAGAGCAAUGGAGCCGCAGUCCUUGGACUCAGCAUACAGCAGGCACUUGUAUUCUGCGGUCCACAUAGUGUGACCCUGGAUCAGGAGGAGCAGGAGCUGCCUUCUCGCUGUCUGGUGUUAUUGCUUAGGAAAGAGAAUGCAAUGCAUCACAGUGUUAGUCUGCCAGCAGCCCUGAUGAGAGAAUUUAAGGCACAAAACCUUCUGGGUUACAUCCAAUGUGGACUUGAUGGGGUUCACGCAGUACAGCCAAGUUUCUGUUUCCACACUGUGCCUUACAGCAGUAACCUAUUCAAAAUGUUUGUUAAGUGUAUGUGGGCGGUGCCAGAUCCCUCCAAUGUAAUCCUGUCCCAUCAGAAGCAUUCAUCCACCUCUAACAUGGAGCAGGUGGUGAUACUGACCUUGUGUGGGAAGGACAUGAGCCAAGGCCUGAGCCUCCUACACACAGUGCUGACAGAAGGGGCAGGAGGUGACAUACAACAUGCAAAAUUCAAGCUACUUGGCCUGAAAUUUCUGCCAGCGUUGACUCGACUUCAGGCUCAGGAACUGAGUCCAUAUGAGGUGGGAGAGCAGCUCUGUCAUGACAGCCUGGACAGUCUGUUGUCCUCUCCUGCCUUGGUGUGUGCUCUUAAACGAGUGGGUGCUUUUGCCUCACUGAGGAAGUUCCUACCAGGCAAUUACCCCAGUAACCUCAGUGUCCUGAUGUCACCCACACCUGAAGUGGCUUUCAGACAAGCCUCCCUCUUCUUCUUUGAGCAUGAGAUGAUACCUGAUCCACAGGUGCUGCUUACUAUGUGCCUGUUUAAACCGAGAAUCUGGACUCACGCUCUGGGUAAAAUAGGCCGCACACUCCAGCUCAGCGGCCUCACGUUGGUGGGACUGCGAGUGGUGACCCUGAACGAAAGAGAUGCUACCUCACUACUGCCUGCAGAAAAUGAACCCCAUCCCUCAGACUUGGAGGCUCAUGUGGAGUACAUGUGCUCUGGCUCCUCAUUAGCUCUCUGCUUGAAGGGGGAAAAUGCUGUUAGGAGACUCCUGGAUGUGCUGGGCCAAGAGGACUCAUCCCUGUGGACCACCUGUUAUGGCAAGGCUCAUUCAUACAAUGGCAUCUAUGCAUCAGGAUCAUAUAAGAAAGCAGUUCAGGAUGUGAAGAGGUUUUUUCCAGAGGGGCUCUGCUGCACUGAGACCAGCAUGAUGAGACAGGAGCAGAUUCUCAGUUUGUGCUCAGACCCCAUAGCCUCUGUGGAGCGUGAAAAGAGCUGCAGGCUUGCCACUGUGGCUCAGGAAGGGUCCCUGAUACGCAGCGCUCGCUGGCAGAUGACCUGUCUGCUGAUACCCUUAAACGCUCCACCCCCGAGCCAAGUGCCAUCCCAGCUGGACAUGCUGGAGCAGCUGCUGAGGUCAGGCUGCCAUCUUGUGGCAGGAAGGAUGAGCAUAUUGGAUGCUGAACAAAGGAACCAUAUUGCUGGGACUCUCAAAGUGUCAUCGACAGGAAAUGAGACGAUGGCUCAUCUUUCCCUGGCAUCCUGUCUCAUUGUGGCUCUGCAAGGGGAAACAGUUGUGACCUGCAUCAACUCAAUCCUUGACAGCAUUUACAAGAAGAGGUCAGACCUAGAAAAAGUGGGGAAUAUGAUCAUCUACCCUGAGAGUGAGAAAGAGGCCAAGCAGCUGAUAGAGUACCUCUUCGACGCCUUGUCCCCUGAGAGCUGUCAUAACAUUGUACCGUGAAGUUCAAGUGGGUGCACACGAGCACACUUUCAAAAGGUUACGCCUCUCUGAAAAAUGUAUCUUAUAAUUCCAGAUGCCCAUGAAAGAUCUGUUUUAGAUCAUAUGAAUAUUUUUGAAGUCACUAUAACGUAAUAAAAGUGCUUAUUUUGCCUAAAAAUCAACUUUCCCUUCCUCUGGUGUCCACGUGAUUUUAGAGGCACAAGCAGUGUUUUCAGAUCUUUGUUAAGUUGUGAUUGAGACAAAGAGUAUUCACACAUUUCAGAUGAAAAAUUAUUUUAAUUCUCAAGAUGAUAAAAAAUAAUUUGUGAACUCUGUAAACCAUUGCAUAACUGUAGUGUAACAAUUUAACAAGUGUUAACAAACUAGUAAUACACUACAGAAAAUAUGCGGUACACAAUCCUCAAUGUAGAAAAGAAAAAUCUAAUAUUCUAAGACUUGCACCUAUUUUGUGUUCACAACACAAAAAAUAUCAAUAUACCAACAGAAUUUCUAGAGAAUUUCCUACAUAUCCAUACAGCUCAUCACAAAAUAUGGGACAUAUUUUUUUAAAUCUAUAAAUAAGGUCUAAACCCACUGACAUUAAGUAAAUAAAUCUCUGAAAUGCAGUUUCCUCAGAUUUAACAUUCUCUAUUAAAUCACUUUAUUAUCCUGAGAGAAACUUUCUUUCCUCGUAUAGCCACAUUUUGCUGACAAAUAGAAACUUGAAAACUUGCAUUUGUUUUAGUUCUAAUAAAUUUUAUUGAAUAGCAGUUCACAACUAGAUGCUACAUCAUAAUGAAUUAACUGCGCUCCAUAAUAUCCAGUGACCUAUUCAUUGAAUAUCUAAUUUAGAACAAUACAUUCAAUAUUUCAGGGCUUCAAUGUUAAAAUAACAUUUCUACUGAAAUUCUCUAAAGUAUAUGGAACAGCUGGUUCCAUAUUAAGAUUAUUUACUUUUGACAACACUUUGUUGUACUAGUAUUUUACUUAAUUUGAACAGCUCCAUACAUCAUACUCAUAUACAUGUACAAGAUUGCAUAAAUCUUCAGGCUCCAUUUUCAUAAUAUUAAAAACAAAAAGACAACACAACAACUAGCAAUAAUGCAAAAUAGAUUAAACUAUUCCAAUGCAGAGCGUAAUGAUACAUCUGUUACAGUUCAUUUACAAGAUUCUUCCUAUUUGGUGCUUUUCCUUACAAACAGUAGAGUUUUUGGUGCCAAAUGACUAAUUGGGAUCAAAAUUGUGUAUUCAAUGGUUAAGUGUUUAAUAUUAGCUGUUUUUUUUUGUUUUUUUUUUAAAAUGGUAUGGCAAAUACAGACGACAGACCAUUAUCAGGCAGUUAAAACUUUGCUUCAUUCUGUUGAACCGAUGAAGCAAACCUCAUUUGACUUUUUUCCCUUUUAGCUCAAGUGGGCUGAAUGCGCAGAGUUAUUUAGCAAUCACACUGUGGUCCCCAAAAAUAUUGUAAGGCACUGGAAUUUUGAUUCUAAUUAAACAUGUUGGGUUUUUUUGUCACCUGACUGGGAGUGAACACUGUCUCAAAGACAUACUAUUCUCAAUACCAAUCAAUAUGUAAUUAUUCAAAAGGCACAGAUAUACUUGAAAGUGUAUCAAAUCUAAAGACAUGUAAAGAAAUGCAAGCUGUGCUUACCAAGUUCACGUUUGUUUCAUUUUUUUUUUUUCUUUAGAAAACUUGAACUGGGGCAAGUAGACCACAAGGGAGACUGACAGCCAACAACAAAUUAUCAUAACAACAACGAUAACAACUCGAUUUGAAUUAUGUCUGUAUCUGCCAUUAAUGUUUGUCACAAUCAUCAUCUGUCCCCGGUAAUUUUACAAAAAAAAAAUAAUCAAAAAAUCAAAAAACUAAUUUGGACCACGGCUUUAAGAAAUCGAAAACAAAAGAGUUGGAUAUAAAGAAAGCACCUUACAGUCACUGCAGGCCUAUCAUAACAGCAUAUAAUGCAUAACCACCGAUUUCCAAAGUGAUUGAGAUUAUGUAGUUAAGCAAAAUCAACAACAAAAAACAAAUCAGAAAAAACUUCAGAACAGUAGUUGUAGUGAAGUUUAUAUGGCCACUUCAGAAGCACAAAUGUCAAUCACCUUUGACAUUCCUUCACUGGAGACAACAAUUAAACCGACACUGAAUCCUCGCUUAAGGUCAGCAUGUGCUAGAAAGUAUUGCACAAACCUGCCAUAAACGUCAAUGUAUACUCAACACAGAAUCAAAAGUACAAAUACACAUUUUUUAAGGAACUGACCCAUGCAUUUUUGAUCAUUUGUGUUUCAAAUCACUAUAGCCAACUUUAGAUAGAAAAAGAUGCCUUUAAUUACUGUUACCAUUGUCUAUUUAAGGUACUAGGUGAUUACUUUUUCAAAGUCAAUUUAGGCUUCUUACUGAAAUUUAAAAAAAAAAAAAAAAGAUGAAAUGUAGUAUAAAAGAAAUAACAACGGUACAGGUCUUUGGUAAAACUGCAAAACAUGGGCUCAAGUCCAUUAAUGUUGAAUGCGAAAGCCAUUAGCAUAGUCCUGUUGUUUACUCACUAAGAAUAUACAGUGUAUGUCCUACUGAAUGAAAGCAAAAAUCCAUCCAAAAACAGAAUUCCUGUCCCUCUCAAUUCUGGACUUUGUCUCAGUUUUAUCCGGAUGGCCCGUUCAGAACUACAGGCUGAUCUGUUGAAGAGCGAGUACUUGAAUUCUGUUCAAGGGUAAAUUUUCCCUUUAGAACACAUAUUUGGACAGCUACUAGAACACCACUUUGGUUCAUCUUUUUAGAUAAUCACACUAGACAUCAUUAUUUUAGGUGGCUUCACUGGCAUAUCAAAAUAGACUAGAGAACCCUGUGAAAUUAGCUGCAUCAUACACUGCUAUCCAGUGUGUGUGUGUGUGUGUGGGGGGGGGGGUCCAAACAAAAUACCAUUAAUUUAAAUCAGGUUUUUUUUUUUUUUUUUUAACAAAAAGGGACAAUCUACAGCAGUACAGGUCUGUGACAUCAUUCUAGGUGAUAUAGAAAAGUACUGAAACCUUGACUCAAAUGCAUUUACAAAUGAAUGAUUGAAUCAAAUUAAGAUUUAGUCAAGUUAGAUACAGAAGACAGAAUAUAUCAUAGUUUCUGAACUCUGAGCUGUGGAUGCACGACAACAUUCAAACAUCUAAAUGUAUAACAAUAUACUACAUUAAUACCUUUUCCAGUAGCAGCGAAGCUUGCAGAAAUUAUGAAGCCUUUACUACACUAAAAAUAAGUCAAUACGAAUAUUCUGGCAGUGUGACACAGUGCAACCUUUUUUUUCCUUUUUUCUUUUUCUUUUUUUUGUAGCUGGUUAAUAAAUCGCAUGACAUGCAAUACCAGAAGUGGUUAGGCUGCCUUUUAUGCUAGUAAUAUAAUCAUGAGAACGCUAAAAUACCAUAACUUUUUUUGAUAUUUUCCUCUGAGUUGCUUAAUUGCCAUUUAUGUGAAUGUAAACAAUGCAUCUUCCCAUAUUUAUAAGUAGCAAAAGGUGAACCUGGAAAUACAUGAUUUUCUAUCGAAUUUAAAGCAAGAAUAAAAAGAUUUUUUUUUUUUUUUUAAACACAGUAGAAGGUCAUUUCAAUUAGAGGAACCUAAACACAAAAUCCUAUACAAAAUCCAACUUACAAGUUAACUACAGAAUUUUUCAAUUACUGCAGAAUUAUUACAAUAAAACAAAUGAAAUUUACUGAACUGUUUACAAAGCAUUUUUAUAUGCUGCUGUACAAAUUAUUGUGUCCUCUGUUUGCAUACUCCCAAAUGUUAAAUUGAAAAACCUAAUUUGACUGAAGCUGCACCAAAAGAGCACCACGACCAAGGAAUGAGUGUGUGGGUAGUAGGAGGUGAGCGUGGAGGUUCAUUUCUAAGGUUGAAGUCAGGACACAGGCACUGACAAUGUUUGUUUUCAAUUAUCCUCCGCAGAAAUACUUAAUGGGACUGGGCCAAACACACUGGCAUAUGUUUAUAUACACACACAUAUAGUCAAACAGGUCAAUGCUUCUGCUAAAUUACACAAGACACAUUAUACAGAAACCUGUGCACAAGCUUCAAUUGCUUGUGUUUGCUCUGUCAAUUCUACAUAUAACCUUUUCAACUAAGGCAAGGCACUUUAGAGUUAGAGGCCGAUAUGUUCUAGACAAGGUCAAGAGGCUGGAUUCCUACAAAAAAAUCACCAUUUCAGGCUUUUAGCAAAUACAAUACAUGCUUCUCUAAUGGCUAGGCUAUAUAAAUCUCUACAAAAUAAAACUAACUGAUUGAAUAACAGCCUUAACAUGUAGCAUGUGCCUUACCGAUAUUAUAGCUGCUGGUUAUGCCUAAAAUGCAUUUUAAAUUUGCACUUAUUUGAUUGAAAUUUUUAUAAAUCUAACUAUGAAAGUAGAAACUAUAAAGUACUUCUCUAUGAAAUCUUAAUAAUACGUAGAACCAUGCCAUGAUUUAACAAUAGGAAACAGGAAAUAUUCAAAUGAUGUUUCACAGUACACACAAAAGCUUCAGACAUUAGCUUAUAUAGAAAAAAAAUAUAAUCUAAAAAAGACACAAAAGAAUACCUACAAAGCAGCUUAAAGCAAAUUUCUAUAUACCCUUUAAUAAAGUCCCAAGUCAACAAAGUGCUUUAGUAAGAAAUCAAACUUCUUCAGAAAGUUGGUCAAAAAUAAUGAUGCUUGACUGAUUGCAUUGAAAAAAAAAAAACAACUGCUAAUGAAAAUUUGAUAGAGGAACAAUGAGUUAUUUCCUUUUUUAGUCUGAUUUACAGACACGAGUGGUUCAGCACUAAUACAUCAGUGGAUGUGAAACAUUUUGCAAAUGUGCAUAUUCACUUUCUAUUGUUGGAUAAUACUUUGGCUGAAGGUUUUCAUUUUUUACAUCAGUUACUCCCUGUGGUGUUAAGUGCAAGAAUGUCAGCGCGUGAAUUCAUUUCUCAGAGCACGGAGCUUUGACAUGUUCAGACACUUUUGGUAUAAGCGACCCAUUUCACUCAGUGCUGUCGGAGGCUCUGCGCUCUGUAAAUGGAGUAGAAGUACCAUUGAGACUAAUUAGGUUAAAACAAAAAUGGGAUUUCUAAUUGAAGAUAUCAGUCACAUUCAUGUUCUUAGAAAUCUUUUUUUUUCUUGAUUUGUUCCUCUUUAACUAA